UCUUUCAAUCAUCCUGAAGCAUUUAAUAAGUACUAGUGAAUUAAGUCGUAAUUAGAAUAAGAAAAAAAGUAAAAAAGCAAAAACAAAUCACUGCAAAAUGUAAUUGAACACGGCAAUGUAAAACAGUUCACGCGCCAGUAUCAAUCACUUCAACACAUAUCAAAUCAACAUAAUCACUGGCCCAAAAAGCAAAACCAUCAAUUAACAUAAGCCAACUGUAUGCGGCAGAUUAAAGCAUAGAACACCACGAAAUUAAAAACAAAAAAAAAAAAAAAAUUGAAAUUAUUUGGCUAAUAUUUCUCGCUAUCGCAUCGCAUCGACGCACAGCUGUUAAAAUGUUCAUAAUUACGGUCAUUAAGUUGCUACUAAUUGCGCUGAAUUUCUUCCCCAACCGCUACACAAAUCGGAAAGUGAUGUUCCUCAUCUAUCUAACAAAUUUGGUGACACAUGUGAUGAUGGAUGAGCCACGCUUCGCACAGCCAAUACCAAAUGUAACCGUUGCUGUCGGUCGAGAUGCCAAUUUGCCAUGCGUGGUCGAGCACUUAGGGGGAUACAAGGUCGCCUGGAUCCACAUCGAUCGCCAAAUGAUACUGACAAUUCACAGACAUGUCAUAUCUCGCAUACCACGCUACAGCAUCACCUAUGAUAAUGCCAAUACAUGGCUGCUGCAUGUAAAUCAGGCGCAUCAAGAUGAUCGUGGCUAUUAUAUGUGCCAAGUAAAUACGAAUCCAAUGAUAAGCCAAGUGGGCUAUUUGCAGGUUGUGGUACCACCGAACAUACUCGACAUCGAGAGCACUCCUUCCUCAGUGGCGGUGCGUGAAAAUCAAAAUAUCAAUAUGACUUGCCGCGCUGAUGGCUUUCCAACGCCGAAAAUAAUUUGGCGGCGCGAAGAUGGUGAAGAAAUUGCCGUCGAAAAGAAGAAGAAAGUUUUAGUUUACGAUGGCGAAGUGUUGCCAUUGACGAAAGUAAGCCGCAAUGAAAUGGGUGCUUACCUCUGUAUAGCCACCAACGGUGUACCGCCAUCAGUGUCAAAGCGAAUUAUUUUGGAUGUUGAGU